AUGCCGGUGACAGGAGCGGGAGCGCAGCACACCGGAGGCUCCUCAGCACCACCUUCCGCAGAGGGAAAGCAUGCCAACAUGAACUCCCAGCCCGACAACGGCCACCAGCAGCAGUCUGGCAACGGGUGCAGCCGCCAGGGUCCAACCCAGAACCAGAAACCACAGCCUGCAGAUGGACUUGAGACGCAGGCCCUGCCCAUGCCAAUCCCAGACCCCCCCAUUCAGUACACUAAGUUGUUCAUCAAUAACGAGUGGCAUGAGUCCUGCAGCGGAGGAAAGAUUCCAGUGUAUAAUCCUGCCACAGGGCACCUGCUGUGUGAAGUGGAGGAGGCUGACCCUGAAGAUGUGGACAAGGCAGUGAGCAGCGCCAGAGCUGCCUUCCAGACGGGGUCGCCAUGGCGAUCCAUGGACGCCUCAGACCGAGGUCAACUCCUGAACAGACUUGCAGACUUGGUGGAGAGAGACCGGCUUCUGCUGGCAACGCUCGAGGCUCUGGACUCUGGCAAAGUGUUUCUCAUGGCAUAUUUUGUAGAUCUGAUGGCCACAAUCAAAACCUUGAGGUAUUACGGUGGCUGGGCCGACAAGAUUCACGGCAAAACCAUCCCCGUAGAUGGGGAGUAUUUUACUUACACGCGACAUGAACCCAUCGGAGUGUGUGGUCAGAUCAUUCCUUGGAACUUCCCAGUGAUGAUGUUUGCGUGGAAGAUUGCUCCCGCUCUGUGCUGUGGGAACACUGUAGUCAUCAAACCUGCUGAACAGACCCCAUUAUCAGCGCUGCACAUGGCUGCACUCAUCAAGGAGGCUGGGUUUCCUCCAGGAGUGGUGAACGUGGUGCCAGGUUACGGUCAGACAGCAGGCUGUGCCAUUUCCCACCACAUGGACAUCGACAAAGUAGCCUUCACCGGAUCUACUGCUGUUGGGAAACUCAUCCAGAAGGCUGCAGGUGACAGCAACCUGAAAAGAAUUACACUCGAACUUGGUGGAAAAAACCCAAAUAUUGUCUUUGCUGACUGUGACUUAGAGUACGCCGUGGAGCAGGCCCACAGUGGUCUGUUCUUUAACCAGGGCCAGUGCUGUCUGGCUGGAUCCAGGGUGUUCGUAGAGGAACCGAUCUACGAGGAGUUUGUCCGCCGGAGUGUCGAGAAGGCCACAUCCAAAGUCUUGGGAGACCCACUGCUGCCAGGAGUUGACCAAGGGCCACAGAUUGACCAGAAGCAGUUUGAUAAGAUAAUGGAGCUGAUAGAGAGCGGGAAGAGGGAGGGAGCCACGCUGGAGUGUGGGGGGUCCGCGUGGGGCCAGCAGGGACUUUUCAUCCAACCCACUGUCUUCUCAAACGUCACAGACGAUAUGCGGAUCGCCAAAGAAGAGAUUUUCGGUCCAGUGCAGCAGAUCAUGUGUUUCCGUAGCAUCCACGAAGUCAUCCAGAGAGCCAACGCCACGCACUACGGCCUGGCAGCAGGAGUGUUUACCAGCGACAUCGACAAAGCUCUAACGGUCUCCUCUGCUCUGCAGGCUGGCAUGGUCUGGGUGAACUGCUACAAUGCCAUGAGUGCUCAGUGUCCCUUCGGCGGCUUCAAGAUGUCUGGGAACGGCAGGGAGCUGGGGGAAUACGCUCUGCAGGAGUACACCGAGGUCAAAGCGGUGACCAUCAAAGUCUCCCAGAAGAACUGAUCAUGGCGUCGUAUCACAGGACUGACUCUUCCCUUCCAUCCAGCGUCUUCAGAUCCUCCACACACAUUUUGCAAUACU